CAAUGACCUGUAACGAGAAGCGGAACAGUACAUCUGUUCUGGUCGGCGAGUACAUCUCUUCUGGUGGGCGAGCCAGGCGACAAUGUUCGCCUUCUGCGCCGCGCCCAUCGAGCUUUACCCCCCGCGCCCCCCCUCUCCUUAAAUAGACACCGCGCGCCCGGGAGGCGCUAACCGAAGCUGCGAGUGCACGAGAUGGAGGCAUCGGUCCGAUGCCCGGCAAACUACGUUCCCCUGUCGCCCAUCAGCUUCCUGGAGCGCGCCGCCCUCGUGUAUGGCGACCGGACUUCCGUCGUCCAUGGCUCCGUUGCCUACACGUGGAGGGAGACGCGCGGCCGCUGCUUCCGCCUCGCCUCCGCUCUCGCCCGGUUGGGGGUUUCCCGUGGCGACGUCGUGGCUGUGCUUGCUCCAAAUAUUCCGGCAAUGUACGAAUUACAGUUCGGUGUCCCGAUGGCUGGGGCAAUUCUCUGCACACUUAACACACGUCAUGACUCGGCCAUGGUAUCUGUCCUCCUCAAGCAUUGUGAGCCUAAGGUCAUGUUUGUUGACCACCAGUUACUUGAAGUCGUCCAAGGAGCAUUCAAACUUUUAUCUGCUGAAAAAGUAAAGCUGCCUCUUCUGGUCAUGAUCUCAGAAUCAACCGGAUGUAGUUCUGCUGCUUCAGGUAAUAUGGAAUAUGAGUCUCUUCUGACGACGGCAUCUCCACAAUUUGAGAUCAAAUGGCCUGCUGAUGAAUGUGACCCAAUCUCUCUGAACUAUACCUCUGGUACUACAUCCAGGCCCAAAGGUGUUAUCUACAGUCACCGAGGGGCCUACUUGAAUGCUGUUGCAACCAUCCUUCUGAAUGACAUGACUGCAAUGCCGGUGUAUCUAUGGACUGUGCCCAUGUUCCACUGCAAUGGUUGGUGCCUUACAUGGGGCAUGGCAGCACAAGGUGGCACAAACAUUUGCGUGAGAAAUAUCUCUGCAAAGGCUAUAUUUGAUAACAUUGCCCAGCACAGGGUAACCCACCUGGGUGGUGCACCAACAGUUCUUAACAUGAUCGUGAAUGCCUCAAUCGCUGAUCAGAAACCACUGCCUGGAAGGAUCAAUGUAAUGACCGGUGCUGCACCACCACCGCCCAAUGUUCUCUUCAAGAUGGAGGAGCUCGGUUUCCAUGUCACCCACUCAUAUGGCCUCACUGAAACCUAUGGCCCCGGUACAGUUUGCACAUGGAAGCCAGAGUGGAAUUCGCUCCCUGCAGAGGAGCGUGCAAGACUAAAAUCCAGGCAAGGUCUCCAGCAUCUUGGACUAGAGGAAGUAGAUGUCAAAGACCCAGUUACGAUGAAGAGUGUUCCAGCUGAUGCUAAAACCAUUGGAGAAGUAAUGUUCAGAGGCAACACUAUCAUGUGUGGUUACUACAAAGAUAUGAGUGCAACUAAGGAAGCAAUGGCUGGGGGAUGGUUUCGGUCUGGGGACCUUGGUGUAAGACAUGCUGAUGGUUAUAUACAACUGAAAGAUCGCUCAAAGGAUAUCAUAAUUUCUGGUGGGGAGAAUAUAAGCACGAUCGAGGUGGAGUCUGUGCUAUUUAGUCAUCCUGCAGUCCUCGAGGCAGCUGUUGUUGGACGUCCAGAUGAGCACUGGGGAGAGACACCUUGUGCUUUUGUGAAGUUAAAGGAAGGUUCUGGUGCUAAUGCUGAAGAUAUAAUCAAAUUCUGCCGCGCCAGGCUGCCACAUUACAUGGCACCUCGCACUGUUGUUUUUGAAGAUCUUCCAAAGACCUCAACAGGAAAGGUUCAGAAAUUUGUCCUGCGGGAGAAGGUGAAGGCCAUGGAAAAAAGCCUUUUCAAGAUUAGUGGAAGCAAGCUGUGAGUUAAUCUUCAUCACUGAUUUCUAGGGCUAUUUAGGAAAUAAGCUUUCCUUUAAUGUAUAAGGCUUCUACUUAUUAUUUCUCAUUUGAUGUGAGAAUAAUAGCAAAUAUUUUCUUGGCAAGUUAACCCCAAGAAACUUGCAGUACUUGAAUAGGUCUUGUCUCCAAAGAAUUACUGUGUCUGGAUCAUCCCAUCUGUCCUCUAAUUUGAGCAAGCUAUUGG